UUCUGUGAUUGCUGUCUUUUUUUGCCAGGUAUUACAGAACCAGCUCCCAUUCGGCUUGUGAACGGCCCAAAUCUCUGCACUGGGAGAGUCGAGGUGUUUCAUGACCAUCAGUGGGGAACCGUGUGUGAUGACGGCUGGGAUAAAGCAGAAGCCAAUGUUGUGUGCAGGCAGCUGGGCUGUGGGGCAGCAAUAUCAGCCCCUGGCGCAGCUCGCUUUGGACAAGGGUCUGACCCCAUCUGGCUGGAUAAUGUCAGUUGUGCAGGGACAGAGGCUGCCCUCUCACAGUGUCAGUUGCAGGCCUGGGGAUCCCAUAACUGCAAACAUGGAGAAGAUGCUGGAGUGGUGUGCUCAGGCUCUGCAGAAGCAGCUCCUCUCCGGCUGGUGAACGGCCCUAGUCGUUGUGCUGGGAGAGUUGAGGUGCUUCACGGCCAGCAGUGGGGAACAGUGUGCGAUGACAGCUGGGACCUGAGCGAUGCUGCAGUUGUGUGCCAGCAGCUGGGCUGCGGGACAGCCAUGUCAGCCCCAGGAUCCGCUUAUUUUGGGCAAGGCUUUGGCCGUAUCUGGCUGGAUGAUGUGAAAUGCUCCAGCAGGGAAUCAGCGCUCUCCGAAUGUGCUGCAAGGCCCUGGGGAGUCCAUAACUGCAACCAUGGAGAAGAUGCAGGCGUCGUGUGCUCUGGUGGGAUCUAAACAUUGCAGAUGCUCUAGAGUGGAGAAGAGAGAUGGCAGUGCUGGCAAACACGUGUAUGACAUUUUUUCAACCCAAACAGAAGAUAUCUUUGAAGGACAGAGUGCACGCAGUACACAAGCCAAUCACGACACUCAGAUCUAUUUCACUGAAUUGUAAGCACCAAACUGAUGUGCCCAAAUCAGGAGCGCGAUGGUCCCCUUCAACUAAUGAAGAGAUACAGGCAGUCACACAGAGCAACUUCAGGCCAACUUCAGAAGUUUCUCUCACUCUACUGACUGUAAAUAAGUUAUUGCCUGCCACAAAUUAAGUUUCAAGACAUAUUCUCUCUGGGAUGGAGGGAAUAUUUGGAGGUCACAAGUGGGCACUUGCUCUACGACAUCUCUUGUCAGAUGUCUCUGCCCAAGAGAUCACACAGUUCCCAUGCCACUUCAUCCUCUCCUGAUGAUAUUGCCUCUAGUACAUGAAAGCUUUCUUGUUCAGGUGGUACGGAUAUGUUAUAUAUUAAGGUUCUCUUGUGUAGCCAGAACCCUCCUCCAGAAGAGAUUUAGCUGUUGUCACAAAUUCCUCAUGCAAACUUCCCUCUGAGCCUCUUGGCCUCUCUGCAACAUUCCAUCCAAGCCUUAAACCAUUUCUAUGCUGCUUCUCACCUUAAUAUCCCCAAAAUGUAUUUGUAGAUAAAUGAAAUUUCUGUCUUGCU